AUCUGACGAUGCGUUCCGCUUGACUUGUGUUACGUGACUUGUGACUUACUCUAUAAUACAUAACACAGAAAUGGUUUAGGACACUAUGCUUACAUUUUUCUAUUUUGAUACUAAACGUAAGCUCUCUCAUCCCGGAUGUAUAAACUAAAUUGUUCUAGAUAUGUGUUAAGUCUUAUACAUGGUUGAUAUAGCUGCGGACCCGGAAGAAUGUACUCUGCAAAACACUUAAUAAUCAUUUCACUUUGCCUCAACCAGCUUCUACACAUCAGUGCUGAGUCAGUAUUUAGAUUGUUCGCUAACCCAGCAAGCAAGGUCAAGGCCACACAAGGCGCAGAAGAUACUGAAGAGCAGAAAGGCAGAGAACAAAACGUAGACAGAUUUGGACAAAGUCGUGUAGCAACGAUCGAGGUCGCCACUGCGCCCUUUCUAAGAUCCACUGAGCCCCCAGAACAAAUUUGGUCCAACCAUGAACACUACGUGGCGCCCGAGGUCAUGUUUGUGCUGCCGACACCGUUGGCAUCCUCUAGCUGGCCUCCGCCGGGUAAAGAGCCCGCCGACGAGGAUGAUCUCCUCCUGGAAGAGCAGCUGAGCGACAGAGAGGGGAAUGAGGAGCUCAUAAGAGCUUUGACCAACACGAAGACCACCCUGUCACGUGACGCAGCCAAUGUCUUGACCACGGAAGAGGCUGACAUUGGGUUGGCUGAAACUCUAACCCAGUCAAGUCUAGAGAAGCAUGGCAGAUUUCGAAGAGAGGUGUGUUCGGGCGAAAGUGGUAGCGGAAGUGGUAGCGGUGAUUUGACAGUAUCCAUCCAACUGACACUGAACGGAACUGUUGUGCGCACAGAUCAGUUCUCUACCAGCUUGGCCAGUGCUGUAAAACAACGGCUAUCAACAACGCUGAAAGCUGAACUAUGUGUUGUACCAAACAUCCAUGCCAUCGAGGAUAUUAAAUAUAUUUCCAAUGAUACAGUCCAGUUAGAUUUGACGUUUGAUGGCAACAGCAGCCAGGCCUGUCACAGUCUCCAGAUCACCAGCUUAUUAAUAUCUCUGGCCAAGUCUCUAGUACAGCUUGAUGCAGAGGACCACCUCUUAGUGGACAGUGUUAUGUAUUCAGUCAGUAAUCCACAAGUUGAGGACAGCGCGAGUAUUCCAGCCCGGUUUCAGCCAGCAGUGUGUAUUCUGUGUUCUUAUAAUCAUCAUAGAUGUGUGGAAAGCUCAACCAAAGAAUGGAUUUGCGAGUUUUUCAAUGAAUAUUUCUAUCCCUUUGGCAUCCAACAGUCAGAUCAGACUAUGCCAAGAGAUGUAGAGUUAGCCUCUGUACAAAUUAAUAUUCCAUAUUCUCUGCCUUUUGAUAAUGAACUCUAUGAUACAUUAUGGAUAUCAAUCAACGGCCUAAUUAGUUUUGGCCAAGACAAUUCCAGUUUCUCACCAAAACAGCUUCCUGUGGACACACAUUCCAAACUGCUAGCAGUUUAUUGGUCUGAUCUAGAUCUUUUAUCUGCAGAUAAACAAGCAGAAAUAUAUUAUCAGAUAUACAAUAAAAGUCAGUUGAACCAAAAGAUUCUGGACCAAGCAAACUCUGAUGUGGUGCAGAAUAUUGAAGGGCUGAAGUCUUAUGAUGCAACUAGUGUUGUUGUAGUGACUUGGGUAGAGGUUCCAGCUCACAGAAGCACUGUGGAGAGAGUCUCUUUUCAAUGUGUGAUCAUCACUGAUGGCUUCACAACAUUUGCCCAGUACAGAUACACUAAUGGAGGGAUGAAAUUUAACCCUGCUCUGGCCAGACCUCUAGUGGUUGGAUGGGGAGACACAAACUUUGAUACUCAAAUCUCAAACUAUUACGUAUUUGAUACCGUUCUAGGCAACAGCAAAAAUAGCACAGUUGGUUUUUGGUUUUUUAAAGUUGGAGAAUCUGAAAAUUUUAACAGCAAAUGUCAGAAUUGGUAUCUGAGAAAUGUAAAUGAAACAAUAACUGUACAGCAGUGGAUGAAUGUCUUACCUCCCUGUCCAUGUCAUGAACUGAUUGUGACAUCCAGUGCUCUAUGGAAGAAAACUUCACAGGGCCACUGUUAUGACACAGUACCCAAUUAUGGAGAUGUUGGAUUGCAAUGUUGCUAUAGGGAUGGAGGUUUCUUUGAAAACCGACCCCAUCUAGCUGGCUCAUUUCAAAGGUACAAUGCUCUUGGAACAAAUCUCUAUGGACAUGCUUUGAACGAUGUCCUACCUUAUUCUUGGUGUUGUGAACAGUCAAACAUGUGUGAGAAAUAUUACCAACUUAGACCAAUCAGCACUUGUAAUUCAGACUCAUUUCAAAGAGCCCUUUUGUUUGGUGAUCCACACAUUAUUACACUAGAUCAAAGUUUGUUUACUUUCAAUGGGCUUGGGGAAUACAGACUUCUGGAAGUUGUUGUAUCACAGGAAAAUUAUUUUAUCAUGCAGGGUCGUACCUGUAGAGCCCAACACCUUAAUGGAACAUUUACAUCCGCUACAGUUUGGUGUGCCUUGGUUUUUAGAACUACAAAUGGAGAUAAAGUCAGUGCGGAGUUAAACACAAACAAAACAUCCCUGAUAGUCUACAUAAAUGAAGUGGACAUGUCCAGACGGUUACUAGAAGAAGACCAUUUGUUUGAUGUGAUCAGUAAUGUGAUCGUAGCCAAAGAUGGAGAAUUUCUUCAAGUAGUCACAAAAGAUGAUAUCAGUGUCCGAAUAAGACUCAUGAAUGAAAUGUUGGAUUUCUCUGUUGAUCUACCACACAAGUAUCAACAGUUGACUAAAGGCAUGCUGGGACAUUUCAGUGGCAACAGUGAGGAUGACUUCCUAUUUCCCAAUGGAACAAUGUUGUCUAACAACUCAGAUGAACGUCUUUGGUUUGAGUAUGGGAAAACUUGGAGUGUAGUGGACUCUAUCUUCCCCUACAGCUAUGGCCAGAACUUAUCAACCUUUAUUGACACUGGCUUCCAGCCUCUUUUUUUGGUUGAUCAUCAUGAGUAUAUUGAUAAUGCUUCUCAAGUUUGUAAUGGGACCAGAUCCUUGCCCUGUCUCUUUGAUUACAUUGCUACUGGUAAUGUGGAAGUGGCAGUCAGCUCAUUAAAUACACUUGAAUCGCAUGAAAUUUUUGUGAAUGUUAAAGAUCAAAGACCACUAGUAUUUUCCAAAGUCCAGGAAACACUUGUGAAAGUUGGUGAUAAGUUUAGUGUCACUGUAUCUGGUCAGAGUUCUGAUGGUCAGAAUUGGACAUGCAUUAGUGUCAGUGGCAGUAAUUACACUGUGUCUAGAGCUAAUUUGUCAUCCUGUGUAGUACAAGGUGAAGUGAACAAUGUACUACAAGAAGUCAUCCAAAUAGCCUUAAUGUCAGAAAAAGGGCUGAUUUCAACAGUUGUUGGCAUUCCACUAAUCAUAUGUGACUGUCAAAAUAAUGGCUCAUGUGACUUUAAGAUUGUAAAAACUUUUGGAACUAAGUUCAGCCCUGUGGCUGCAUGUGUCUGUGGUCCAGGCUAUACAGGAUUAAGCUGUGAGAAAGAAAAAGAUGGCUGUGCCUCCAGACCUUGUCAGACCAACUGUACAGAUGUUCCUGCAGACCUGGAGGUAAUCACAGGCCUGGCCUAUCAGUGUGAAGGCUGUUUUGAUGGAUACAUCUUAAUUGACAAUAAGACCAAAUGCGAAGAUAUCAAUGAAUGUGAAAACAAUCCAUGCGAUCCCAAUGCACAAUGUAUUAAUUCAAUAGGCAGCUAUUACUGUCAAUGCAAUAAUGGUUUUAGACUAAAUGAAUCGAAUAAAGGCAUUUGCACUGAUAUCAAUGAAUGCAAUGAGAACAGCCAUAACUGUAUUCAAGUGUGUAUCAACACCAAAGGAUCAUUUUACUGUGACUGCCAGUCUGGCUUUGAACUCAGAGAUGGCUUCAAUUGUACCCUGGUAUUUGAUGCCUGCAGUAGUUUUAAUUUGACUAACAGAAAGUGUGACUAUGGAUGUCGCAGUGUUAAUAACAUGCCAGAAUGUUUCUGUAAGACAGGAUACAGUUUGACAAGUGAUGGUCUGCACUGUGAAGAUAUUAAUGAAUGUGAUGAAAGACUUUGUUCACAAGGCUGUAACAACACCAUAGGCAGCUAUAGAUGCUCUUGCUACGCUGGCUACACACUUAUUGACCAUCACACUUGUGAAGAAUGUCCUGAGACAAAAUAUGGUGUUGGCUGUCUCAAGACCUGCAACUGUAAAGGCAGAGCUUUGGGCUGUGAUAAAGUGGAGGGAUGUUUAUGCCGCAGUAACUGGAGGGGAGCUAGCUGUGAAGUUGAUGUAGAUGAAUGUGUUGAAAGACUUGCCAACUGUCGUCCAGAUCAAAUCUGUCAAAACACAAUGGGCUCUUUUGCUUGUCAGUGUGAUCAAGGAUUUGAGGAAGUGAAUGGAACUUGUGCAAAUAUAGAUGAAUGUAAGGAUGCUACAUUAAAUUUGUGCCAACAAAUCUGUGUAGACACUCCGGGUUCCUACGUAUGUAGGUGUAAAGAUGGAUUUACACUUGACAGCACAACUUGUCAAGAUGUGGAUGAAUGUGAGCUGGACACAUCAGAAUGUCAACACAAGUGUAUUAACAAUGUGGGUGGCUACAGCUGUGGAUGUUUUGAUGGAUAUACACUAAGGGAAGACAGAAGGGCAUGUUUUAAAGUACUUGAGCUGUGUAAGAAUGAACACCUCAACUGCAGCCAAGGAUGUACCCUUGUGAAUGGAGCUGAAGUUUGUUUUUGCAACAAAGGUUUUACACUGGCUGACAAUUUGAUGGAUUGUAUAGAAUGUGAUAAGUGGAACUUGGGAGUAAACUGUAGCAGCUGGUGUGACAGCGUGUCAGACAACACCGUGGACUGUCAUAAUGUCACUGGGCAGUGUCUUUGCGAGCCUGGCAGGGAUGGCAACAAGCGUGAUGUAGACUAUAACGAGUGUGAUGACCUCACCUAUUGUCCAGGAAGCCAUGUCCAGUGUCAUAAUCUGAAUGAUGGUUUGGUUGAAUGCAGAUGUACCUCUGGAUAUGAGAAAAAAUUCAAUGAGACUCUUUGUACAGAUGUAGAUGAAUGUUUUGAUCCAUUGUUGACCCACUGCAACAGUACUUCGCAAGACUGUAUCAACAUGGAUGGAACAUUUGACUGUCUCUGUAAAGCAGGGUACAAACUGGGAAGUAGUAGGACAUGUAUUGCAAAUUUCAGGAGUUAUUCACUUGUUCUGAAACUGGAUUAUCCUUACAGUCUUAUAAGUGAAAAUCUAUUAGACAGCAACACACAUGAAUUUAUGGUCAUAGCCAAACAAUUAGAACAACAGUUAGUGAGUUUGUAUACUGGGACCAAAGAAGCCUUUCUUCCUCCAAAGAUUGUCAAAUUUGUCAAAGGUUCUCUCAUUGCUGAUGUAUUGCUGCGGUUUGAUUUGAACUAUUCCACCAACCCAACCAAUGAUGUAGCAAUGUAUGUUCACGUUAUUCAAUCUGCUAAACAGUUUACUGUAGGAAAUACGACUGUACCGAUCUUGGACCUUGCUGUCGAUAACCAAACAGUUCCAAAUACCGACAACUAUUGUGAUGUAUACAGUGUGAUCAAGAAAGCAUGCCUCACUGGGAACACUUGUGAAGGAGACACAGGAAAUUUACAGUGUGAAACAAACAACGGACCAACAAGUCACAGUGUGAUAGAUAUUUCUUCUGAUGUCAUUCCAGAUAACAAAGAUUUAAUCAUUGGCCUUGCAGUUGGACUACCACUAGGAGGACUUCUUAUUGGUGUACUAGUUGGACUUAUCCUUUGUCACAGAAGAAAACGUCAUCGAAAACCAGAGGAAAUGAGUUUAGUUUUGACUCAGCGUUUUCCUGCUGAAGCGAGAGAGUAUGUUGAUGCACCAAGAAAAUAUUUCACUACCUCAAUAUCACAUGUUGUGAACAGUGACUACAACCAGUUGUCAUUUGAGAAUGAUAUCAAUGAGGAUGCCUACAAGAGCAUUCCUGAAGAUAUACCAGAAUCACUAACACAAGAUACAACAUUGACUGUGCCAGAAAUGGAAUUUGACUAUCAGGAGAUUCCUGGACGCCAAACAGAAAAUGAACACUUGGAGAUGUACAGCAGCAGAGCAGAUGUGGAACAACCGUACCAGCGCAUUUCUGAUAUUCCAGGCCUAAAUGUUGCUACCACAAGACUUCCAAACACCCGUUUGGAUAUAAACAGCACUGACAAGGAAAAUGCUGAAUACUCUUCAUACAUUACAGAUGGCCACUCGGAAGUCUCUAGAAAGAAGUCGGGUGGUGCCAAGAGCUAUGUGAAUGUUUCUGACAACAAUCCAGAAGUAGGGAAGUCUGACGUAGCACAAAGUGGCACUGUGUCCGAAGUUCAUACAAGACACAAUCAACUGCGACAAGUUCAUUCAAGUGGAUUAGAGCCAGAACAACCUUACCAGCGCAUUUCUGAUAUUCCAGGCCUAAAUGUUGCUACCACAAGACUUCCAAACACGCGUUUGGAUAUAAACAGCACUGACAAGGAAAAUGCUGAAUACUCUUCAUACAUUACAGAUGGCCACUUGGAAGUUUCUAGAAAGAAGUCGGGUGGUGACAAGAGCUAUGUGAAUGUUUCUGACAACAAUCCAGAAGUAGGGAGGUCUGACAUAGCACAAAGUGACACUGUGUCCGAAGUUCAUACAAGACACAAUCAACUGCGACAAGUUCAUUCAAGUGGAUUAGAGCCAGAACAACCUUACCAGGUCAUUUCUGAAAACAUCCCAAGUCCUAAUACUGAUACCUCCAAAAGGCAUACUAACCCAUACAUUAAUGAUGGUAAAUUGGAAGUGGCUAGAAGCCAAUCAGAUGCCAAGGGUUAUAUGAACAUCCCUAGACACAUGCCAGAUGUGCAGGAGACAGAUUUGAUAAUAGCAGAAAAUUUGUCAGAUAAAGAUAGUGACUAUCAGGAGAUUCCUGGAAAUAAACCAGAAGAUGAUUACCAGGAAAUUCCAGGCAACUGGCUAGGUCAGAGUUCUUGGAAUAAUUCCAACAUAACUUUUUUGUAA